GAAGCAAAAACAGAAAUGGCCAAUACUGUUUCUCUUUAAAGCCCCUUGCUAUCUGAAUGCACAACUGAAAGGACGGGUUAGAGGCAAAUGACAGCAUAUGUGGGCGGGGUUUGGGCAAUUCCGAAAUUGGCAACUGCUGUAUGCUACACACGUAGCCGACUCGCUGAAAAACUUAUGUGAAGAACGACCACAGAAGUUAGAAGGUGGGGAAACGUUUUCCCAGUAACAGACUAUAUCAAGAUGGCAGGACAAGCGGAUCUCUCGAUGCUUCUAUUUGACAUCCCCCCUGCUCAGAUCGAGACGUUCUGUAAAAUUAUGGACAGCGGAAUUGGUACUCUUGGGUGGAAAGGUUUGGCUGCGCGGAUCUCGCCCACCUGGCUGGAUGUGCGAUGCACAGAAAUGAGAGAGGCUGCGGGAAAGAGUCCUACCCAGGAACUGCUCUGGUCCUGGGCGCAACAGAACAAGACGGUCGGGGACCUCCUCCGGGUACUGGAGGACAUGGGGCACUGGAGAGCGCUCAGCCUCUUCCAGUCUACAGGUGACAAUUCAAGUAAUCUCCCAAAGCCACCUCCACCAUCCCUUGAAGUCCACAAGCCAAAAACAUCGAAUUGUCACACUGAAAACCUGUCCUGCGAUUCAAGUUCAGUUGCCAUUAUUACAGCAGGUAAUGGAGCCAUGCUGAAGGUCUCAUUUGCAGACAUCUUGGAGGGAACUGAGAAUUUUCAUCAAGACAGGAGAAUAGGCGGUGGUGCCUUCUCAGAUGUCUAUCGAGGGAUAAAGGGAAAUGAAACCUUUGCUGUUAAAGUUUUUAAAAAGGUGCAGAACACAUCGUGGCAGGUGCUCUGGGAGAAGUUUCGCAAAGAGAUGGAGGUUCUUCACCUCUACCGGCAUCCUAACAUCCUGGAGUUGUGUGGCUGUUUUUCUGAUGGGGAUCGCUAUUUCCUGGUUUACCCUUUCCUCCCCAAUGGUUCCCUCCACAAAAAACUACACAAUCAGGAUGCUGGAAAAGCCCUCUCCUGGCAGGAGCGCCUGGACAUCAUUAAAGGUGUGGCGAAGGCUGUUCACCACCUGCACAGCACGCAACCAUGUGCUGUCAUCUGUGCCAACAUUAGCAGUGCCAAUAUCCUUCUAGAUGAACGCCUUCAGCCCAAACUAACCGACUUUGGAAUGGCACGCCUCAGACCGCACUCAGUUAAUCACAGCUGCACUAUCACCAUGAAGACCAGUAUCCAAAACUGGGAGUAUCUUCCAGAGGAAUACAUCAGAGAUGGGAAGCUGUCUGUCAAGCUGGAUGUAUACAGCUUUGGGAUGGUGGUGCUGGAGAUACUGACAGGACAGCAGGUUAUGCAGGACAAACCAAAACACCGACUCCUGAGGAACGUGCUGGAUGAUACGGCUGAGGAGGGGGGUGGUGUGGACGCCUGCCUCAGGCUGCUGGACUCUAGGGCGGGCCGCUGGCCCCACGCGCUGGCUCUCUCUCUCCUCCGGCUGGGGAUGGACUGCAGCUCCAGCAAGGCCCGCAAUAGGCCUACAAUGGAUAUGGUGCUACAGACUCUGAGCCAGCUUCUACCUCUCCCCUGCCCCCCUGAGGACCAGCCACAUACGCUGGACGAUGGCAUGGCCCUCCCGCAGCACAGCGGUCACCCCGCACCCACCCACUCCCCCAGCCUGCCCGCGGAGAACGACGACGAGACGUCCAGCCUGCCACCGUGCAUCCCGGAGUGUGCCCCGCCCGACUCGGUCUCCGUCCUCCAAGACUCCGUGGCUCUGUCUGCGCCGUCGCAUCCGUGCGAGUGCAGCCAAUCAGAGGUCACGUUCCUGGGCUGCAUGGACCACAAUGGUGGUGGUGGCCGACGACAACAGCAGCAGCAGCAGCAGCAGCAGCAGCAGCAACCUCGGGCAGAAGGUUGGGACAAAUACGAGACGAUCGACGCGUCUGCAUGUCUGUCUGCACACACGCUGCAGUCGGACGGUGGAGGCGAGCCGGUGCUGGACCUGUAUGGCAGCUGGCCAGUGCAGUGCAGCUGCACACCCGAUACAGACGUUCAGGAGUGCGAGGACUGCAGGGCCAACGGCGUCACCCCCCUCCCCUUGUAUCUCUCUCAAGGAGUGGUCAGUGGCCCGUCCGAGAGUUACGUGGAGAACCCCGCCAAGCAACGGCUCUGUAACAAGAUUCAGCAGUACAAUCAUGGCCUUCUCUGCACUGAUGAGCUUCUGUCUAUCACUCUAUAAACCAGGCACACUUAUUCAGGGAAACAACCACAAACAGAUACAGUGUCUGAGUUAUUUUAGAUAUUUAAUGGAAAUCUUAGAGCUAGAGACUGGCCAGUGACUUAAAAAACCAAGAACAAAGGGGAGAGAGUAGAAAACACACUGGCAUCUGAGUCUGCAUUAAGUGACAUGCUGACAAAUGUUUUGGUAGCAUUUUCUGUCACAAGUUGAAAAAUACAGGCUAAUAUAUUGAUUUCAAGACAGUAUUUAUAGGCUAUAUAUAUAUAUAUAUUAUACAUUUCAGUAUUUAUCUUGCAUAUCAUAAGCUACUUUUUGUAAUUUGUUGUCAUUUUGUUUUUGUAACAUGUUUUUUAUUUGAAAUUUAAAAUGUAGCCUAACAUUUUAUACAUUUUAAUAAUCUCAACGAUGUUUGUGACACCAGACAAUGUGUUUCAUGUUUUUUUUGUAAUGCAAAAAAAAUAUUCGCCUUUUUGUCGUAUCUUUGGUGUUGAAUGGACAUUUUGUUUUGUAAUAUCUGUAAAAAAUUAAUUUGUAAUAAAGCGGAGGCUAGCCUACUAUGUCCAUGUGAAAAUA